AUGGCGACGGCACAGGCAGCCGCGGCGACACGCACGCACCUCACGCUCAAGGGAUCGACGGCGCUCGUGCACGAGUUCUUCAACUACUCGGUGCAGUCCAUCCUGUACCAGCGCAACAUCUAUUCGCCGGACGACUUCAAAACGGUCAAAAAGUAUGGUCUUCAAAUGCUCGUCACCACCGACGAUGGGUUGGCCGAGUAUCUGGAUACCGCCAUGGCGCAACUUAAAGUCUGGUUGGAGAGGGGCGACGUCACACGGCUUGUUGUCGUCAUUGUCGAGAAGGACUCGGGCGAGACGCGAGAGCGAUGGCAAUUCGACGUCGAGGUGAUCAAUCAACCUCUCAGCGAUACUGCGGAAGACGAAAAGAAGGGAUCGGGGGUGAAGAAGACGGAUGCCCAAGUGAGGGCGGAAAUCGCUGCGCUGAUCAAACAGAUCACUGCCAGCUGCACCUUUUUGCCCGUGCUGGACGAGCCGUGUGCAUUUCAAAUCCUCGCCUACACAAACAAGGACACCGAAGCUCCUGCCGACUGGAUCGACUCCGACGCACGCUUGAUAGCAGAGGGCCAGGCCGAACAGGUCCGCCUCCGCAGCUUUAGCACCCACGUCCACCGCGUAGACGCCAUGGUCGCCUACCGCAGAGAAGAAGAUGACGACUAG